ACAUUAAUUGCAACUCUGUGUAUAACAGCUGGCAAUGCAUUUUCUGCAUUACAAAUUUUCUAGGAAAUUUAAAAAACAUUAAGCCCAUUUAUAAACAUACAUCUAUUACUUGUUGUGCAUAGUAAAUGUUAUAGCUUUUCAAAUAUUAUAAAUAUAAAAUUUGAAAGAAGAAAAUUUGAUUGUGUUGUCACACAAUGUCCCUUAAUUCGGGCUGCACUGAAAAUGAGCGUAAUAAAAUACCAAGGAUCAUGACGUUCCGUCCCAGCUACGAGGAAUUCAAGAAUUUCUCGAGUUAUGUCGAAUACAUGGAAAGUCGUGGUGCAAACUUAGCAGGACUAACGAAGAUUAUACCACCACCAGAAUGGGUGCCACGGAAAUCCGGUUAUAAUAUAGACAAUAUAAAUAUGACAAUACCCGCACCAAUUUGUCAAGUAGUGUCAGGAAAGCAAGGUGAAUAUCAGCAAAUCAAUGUCCAGAAACGUUCUAUGACUUUGCGACAAUUUAAAGAAAUGGCCGAGUCGGAACGUUAUCAAACGCCACGACAUUUUGACUACGACGAUUUAGAACGAAAAUAUUGGAAAAAUGUAACAUAUAUUGCACCAUUUUAUGCGGCUGAUGUAAAAGGUUCCUUAAGUGAUCCGGAUUUGCGAAUUUGGAAUAUAAAUUGUUUAGACACAAUACUGAAUUACGUGAAUAAGGAUUACGGCAUUGAAAUUGAUGGUGUAAAUACAGCGUAUCUGUAUUUUGGUAUGUGGAAGAGCUCUUUUGCCUGGCAUACGGAAGAUAUGGAUUUAUAUUCAAUAAAUUACCUGCACUUUGGUGCACCAAAGACUUGGUAUGCAAUACCACCCGCAUAUGGUCGGAGAUUAGAAAAGUUGGCGAAUCGACUUUUCUAUGAAAACUAUCAAAAUUGCAACGCAUUUCUGCGUCACAAAAUGACACUGAUAAGCCCACAAGUAUUGCGACAGAAUAAAAUACCGUUUAAUAAAAUUACCCAAGAAGCUGGAGAAAUUAUGAUAACAUUUCCUUUCGGCUAUCAUGCUGGUUUCAAUCAUGGUUUUAAUGGUGCAGAGUCAACUAAUUUCGGUUCUAAGCGAUGGAUUGAAUAUGGCAAGCGUGCCAGCAUUUGUAAUUGCCGAAAGGAUAUGGUGAAAAUAUCAAUGGAAACAUUUGUACAUCGUUUCCAACCAGAACGUUAUGAAAACUGGCUAAAAGGUAUCGACUAUGGUUGCCAUCCAGAAGAACCUGGGAAAAUUUGCGCUGCGCCUCCACCCACAAUCAACAAAUAUUACUAUUCUAAGAGAAGACAGUCUGAAUCAAUGGAGUCGGUAGCAUCACAAUGUUCGACGUCAAAAGCUAAGGAUUCCAAUCAAAAGCGUGGUUGUACCUCACUUGCUGUGCCAGAAGACGCCACCACCAAUGCGUGCUUUGCCAAAGUGCCGAAAAUUAUAUUAACGAAAAUAGAUAGCGCAAGCAGCAAAAAUCUAGACAUUAAUGCCAUAGCAGUGAUGCGCUUUAAAAAACUUUGGAAUAACAUACCAUGCGAAAAGGAAGGUAAGAAUCUGCUAACCAAUGGCAUAAUCAAAAAUACCAAAAGAAUGCGUUUUCAAACGAAAACUAUAAAGCUUGAUGAUGAGGACUAGUCUCGCGUUAUAUUUUUAUUUUAUUUAAUAUUACUUUGAUUACUUAUUUUAUAUACUUAUAUGUAUAAAUGAAUGAUUUGCUAUGCCAUGAGACUGUCGUCACCUCGAUUAGAUUAGUAAAUACAUAUAUGUAUAUGUCAGCAGUUCUAACAAAAAAGCGCAUUUUUAACGGUAAAAAUGCUAGGAAUCCUACAAAAGCCACUACAUUAUUCGCGCUUUUUGAUAUAUUUUAUGUUUUUUUAUGUAGUCUUAUAUGAAACUGCUGACAUUUAUUUAGAAUUAACACUAAUUAAUAUUACGUUUAUGUGUAAUUAUCAAUUCCCUUUCCAUUUGUUAAACAAAUCUGCAAUUGCAGGCAAAAUAGAAUUUAUUUCUAAAAGGUUGUUCACAGUCUAGUCUUGGCAGUAAUUUUCGCUAUAGUCGAUGACCUUACAAAAUUUUCCAUUUUGAGCAAUAUUUUAUAUUUUCUAUUAUACAUACACUUUUUUAUGUUUAUUGGAGUCUGUGAAUUUCCUACGUGUUAUUAUUUAACAAUUCUAUUUAAAUUUAAUAAAAAUACAUAUGUAUAUAUUUACAAAUGUAUAUUUAAAUUUAGUACUUUCAAGCAGAAACCAUAUGACAUGACAAAAAAUAAAUAAAAAAUUACAGUUACGGAUGUAAACAUUAGUACUCUGCACAGUGCUUCAUGAAAGUGUUUGUAUAUAAAGCAUAUGUUUAAAAUUUAUGUAAUUAAGUUACUUAAUCCUUGCGAUUUCUACACAACUAAUUUUUUUAAAGAAAACGGAAAAAAAAACAAUUAUAUUUCUUAGCAUAAAAAACUCUUACCUAGCUUCGACUGUUUGGUCGACCAAAAUCAUAUAUUAUUAAAGGGUCUUUGGUUUAUUUAGCUAUUUAGAGUGAUAGUACAUGUAGGUACUGUGUUUCAAUACUGAAAUGAUGGUGCUUCAAGGCUGCAAGGAGAAUCCUGCCCGAUACAGACAUUCAAGAUCCGCGGUUGCUUGGGACAGUAUUUGUGUGAACGCGCCAUUA